UGUGGGAGGAACUGUUUGACCCACUGCACGUGUUACUGCGAGCAGUACAUCGACGAGACUUCCAAGUGUCCAUGAACAGAUAUAAUCAGUAUUUGCAACAAGAAGGGAAGUUUAGUGGUACACACACGGCUUGGCCUCCUUUUCGCUUGCCUGGCGCCAGACUGCCAACGUACUGGAGACUGCCGAACUUGCUGCAUUGCAAGACCAUGCAUGCAUUGAUCUUCACCAUCCUAUAUAAGGCAGUGCAUGAGCCAAAUGUUUCUGAGCCAAUCAUCUACCUUUGCAUCUUCCUGCUGGAGAUGGCAGUGAAAACCACCUGUAUUGUAGUACAGGAACAGAUCACUGUUGCCCAUAAGGUCCCAGAUCUGAGAUAUGAUGCUUGGUUUCCUAGCAACAGUAUCUUCACCAACAUCCAGCACACAAUACGUGGUGUUUCCACGCAUAAAGAAAUCAGUGAGUUUGAUAGAGAGAUUGCCAUUCUGGAUAAGAUUGAACGAAGCGCACAGCAGUUUCUGGCCGCACACGGUGUCAAGGAUUAUGAUGUUGCAAGUGCAAUGCCACCCAGUGCUGCAGAUGAUGACAGUGAUAACUCCUUGGAGGAAGUGUGUGGUUCCCCUAAUCUGAGGCCAGACGGUCCUCUCGCAGGACCAUCUGUUCCCAUGGAGAUGGACCAUCUUAGGUCUUCGACGCCACCAGUAGAAGAGACUGUAGAGGUGAAUGAAAGCAUCCUGUCACUGCUAAUCAAGCUGCAUUCGAAGUUGUCAGAGAAGAAGUGCUCCUAUGUCCCUCGGAGUCAGCAGCAUGCAAAGAGCAGCAUGGGUGGGACAGAGGAGAGCAGGAUUGGCGACGGGCCACAUUUCGUUGGCCAGCUUCUCAAUAAGAUUGCAGCCCUCAGCAUGACGUGUGCCAAGUCUAUAGAAGACAUUUGUGAACAGAUGAAGCCUAAGACAGCAGCAGGUAGCAUGAGUGACAUGGACAAGGAGGAAAGAAAGAAGAAAGUUCGUGAAAGGCAAAAGAAGCUCAUGGAAGAAUUUGCUGGCAAACAAAAGAAGUUCCUAGAGCAGACAAUGGAAUAUGAAGAAGCUACUGAAGCCUCAAAAGAGAAUGAACAGAUGGAGGGUCAAGCAGAUGAGGAGGAAGGAGGUGUGCAAGAAUACGACUGUGUUAUCUGUGGGCAAACUACUGCUUCUACAGAGGAAAGGCCCGUCGGCAUGGUUACACUACUGCAGGCCACUAGUGUGCUGGGACACAGAACACACUGUAUCACUGGCGAUGGGAGGACGUUACCACUGGAUGAGAAGCCUUGUUUCUUCCACAACAACGAUUGUGGAACAGCCAUGGAUAUACGACUAGCCUCUCUGCAGCGACACUUUGAUGAUAAAUCCUGUUUGUUGUCAAUGAACAUCGGUUGGGAGGGAGGCGUGUUUGUGCAGACCUGUGGCCAUCACCUACAUCUCGACUGCCUGUGCUCUUACAUCGAGUCACUGAAGAACGAGCAUGUUCACGAGGCACAUCGAUCGUUUGAGCCAGAUAAGGGAGAGUACCUCUGCCCGCUGUGUCGGCAGCUGGCCAACGGCGUGCUACCUUGCCGGCCUCUGCCGCGGGAAGAGAAUUUCUCUGUUGUGCCAGGAUACACGGACAUGCACAAACUUGCCAAGGACGUAAUGGACUUACUGCAGAGAGACAACCAGCAGCCUAACCCAUCUUCUGAACUGUACAAAUCCAUGACAACGAUGAUGCAGGAUCUCACCAAUGCCACGUAUCCCAAGUAUAGAAACUACAGCAAAGUACCGUGCAAUGAGAGCAUCUUCCUGUUUCUGUCAUCUAUUGCAAGAACAAAUCUAGAGCUGGAGCUUUUGCAGAAAGGUGGUUCCAUGUGUAAUAGAAACCUUGCUCUUCCUCCACUCUCUGCCCCUACAAGGAAAAUGUGCACAGGUGCUCUGAUGCGGGUCCUUGGGCUUCAUGCAAAAGUCAUGCAACCUAAUCACUUUAUCUUACUCUGGUCGUCUGUGACACGCAUCCCCGCCUCUGAGGAUAUCACCAGCGUUGCACUGGCAGAGCAGCCCCUGCCACUGCUAUUGCAGGAUCCAACCACGUUGCUCAUUCACCUAGUGCUCAUGCUACCUCUGGGAAUAAACAAAGCUUACUACACGUGCAUAGUACGUUCGCUGUACAAUGUGCAGGUUGUGCAGGCUCUAGCCAUUCUCAGUUGUGACCUCACAGAUAGUGAGCGUGAGGCAUGGAGGCAAAAGACAAGCAGUCAUAAUCCAGUGGAGCAAGCACUAGGGGAGGUGAUCUCUCAUCUCAUCUACAGCUGUCUCUAUGAGGCAUCAGAUGAGACUGUAGAGACAAGCGUCACUCUCACACAUGCCAUCUGGACAGAACAAUCAGUCGAAAGCUCAACUCGUGUGAUGAUCUUGCCAUAUCUACGUACAGCGGCCAUGUUGCUCUGCCAUCUCUAUGGAGAUGAACUCCCAGGUGUCAAGAACGCAGAGGAGGAGUUUGUAUGCCUGGCCGUGUACCUAGGUCUGUGCACUCAGUCAAGUGUUGACGUAGAUGUGAGUUGCAUGUCUAUGAUGCAGUGGACGUAUAACAAACCACCAUACACAAUAAGGAAUUGGUGCCAUCAGUUCAACUCCUUUGUUAACAAGAAUCCAAGCGCAGGAAAGAGCCUGAUGCUGCGCAGGUUUGCCUGGUGCCUCCCUGCAUUAUUGCGCCUGCCAAACGAGUACGACAAGAUCUUCACCUACUAUCGCACGAAGCAGUGCUACAAGUGUAGCUCGGUGCCGAAAGAGCCCGCCGUGUGUCUCAUAUGUGGCAUGUUCGUCUGCAUGAGGGACAAGUGUUGCAAGCAGCAAUCUGCAAUGGAGUGUGUCCAGCACUCUGUAGACUGUGGAGCAGGCACUGGUGUGUUCCUUGCGAUCAACUCUUCUCUAGUCAUUGUGAUCAGUGGUGCUCGUGCUGGCAUCUGGGGAUCAGUGUACCUGGAUAGCUUUGGUGAAGAGGACAGAGACUUGAGACGAGGCAAGCCACUCUAUCUGAGUGAUGUAAGGUACAGACUCCUAGAGCAACAGUGGAUCAACCACAGCUUCGAUCGAACUGUGAAGAAGUGGAUCUGGCACAGGGACAACCUUUGAAAUCCAUGCACGUGACCACAUUGCUUGCAUCCAUGUCGGAGAUCAGGACAGAGCACAGUAUCGAUGAACUGAUACAAUUUUAGUGAAAAUGUAAACAUGUAAAGUUGUUAAUGUACAGCCAUUAAAAGGUUUGUGUGAUGCUAGAGCAAGAGCAAUUUUUCGUUCACUGUGCAGUGUCAACAAUUUUCUUACAUUAAUCCAUCGUCACAGUAAAUAAUACUCUUCCAAACUAUCUAAAUAACCUGGUCACGUAAUAGUGGUGUGAUGCAAAAUAUUACUAGGAUGUUAAAAUGAUAUAGUUACACUUUGUUUUCACUAUAGAUGGCGUGGUUGUCAUCUAUCACAGCAUACGGUUCAAUUAUUCUUACCCUUCAUGAAGAAAGUUAUCUGGAAAUAUAUCAUUAUCCCGUUGAUGACGUUAUGUAUAUUAUAAUACAUGCAUAAUGUAUAUUGUAGUGUUUGCUAGAUGUCUUUCAUAGUGAAAGAUUCUCUUAUAAGCACAAGUUAAUCUACUUGUCUCCAUCUAGUUCCACAGUUUUCUGUAAUGGAAACAGUGACACUGGCAGUAACAAAAAUGGAAAGACAUUCAUUGUAUCAGCGAUUUCCCACUCAGCAUUAUGGGAAUUAAUACCGUCAGUUUUAUUAAAAAGACUUAGUAGACUUACUGAAUUUACUGGAGGAGUAAGUAGAAUGUGGCGUUUCCGAUUCAACAUUAUCAAUAGAUACUGUUUUUCCUAUCACAGCAUGUGCUGAAAUGAUCGGCUUGGGUUGCGUCGUUUUUUCAUCCGCAUAUGUAUAGAGUGUAUUCACGUUACUGCUUAAUCCCACAUAACGUUAUCGCAUGUACAUAGACGACCCACUGAAGUGUCAUUGGGAGAAGGAUGUUUACUAUAUGCGCGUACUAUGCACUGCAUAUGACAAUUAUGUUUAAUAUUAUUGUCCACCUUCCGAAAUAGUGUGAUGUGAUAUUUAUAAUAUACAGAGCAGGAUAACUAUCAUUUUUGCCGUUUUUGUUUUAACUAUGAUGACUGUUGUUCUUUGAAAGAAGUAUGGAAAUGGAAGUAGCUGAUGAGUUUCUCUGCAGAUAUCCUGCACACGGUUGAAUUUGUAAUCGUUGCUAUUCUGGAGUAAAUUUAAAAUGCGUUAGGAAAUGAUAGGCAGGGGUGUGUUGUACAGGCGCACCUACGUUUUAUUCUUAUAGAUGGUACGAAUUAAAGAUGAAAUUACUAUAACUGGUCUAACGGUCAACGGUCAAUUUCAAAACCAGUGGCGUGGCGUUUACCGUAAUACUCUUAUCAGAUCACACAGAAGUGCUCUUUUGUAUAUUAGAUGGAGAUGGGACUCCUUUCUUUCUCAGUCCAACGCAAUUUUAUAUAAGACGACGAGAAUUUUUAGCCAGUACCUUAUAGCACUCAUAAUCGUGUUCCUAUAAAAUGGAAUUCAACGAUAGGUGUUUGUGACGUUGCUGAUUGCUUUUUUCACCUUCUGAACACGCCGAGAUUACAGUUGUCGUGGGUGUUUGCUGUGCUAACCGGCGUGUGAUAUUUCUGUAUGUUCAUCGAGUGCAUGUGAACAUCCACAUAGCCUAAAGAUUAGAGAAAGGAAGAGGGAGCGAUACGUUGCACAUUGGUGUAUAUAUUCACGUGAUGCGAUGGGUUUUAUUCUGGAAUGAGCUAGUGUAAUAGUGGGAAUAAUUGCAGUACAGUUCCUCAAUUCUUGUGACACCCUAUUUUAUAGGUGGCAAUCGUGAAGUAAAAUUUUCUGUAGAUGUGACGUGAUCACGUAAUUUCAGUCUGAGAUACGUAAAUAUCAAUUAUAUAUUGUUUUAAACAUCAA